AUGUCCAACAUCAACAAUUUUCAAGGCGCUUACGAGGAGGCAGCAUCCGUGGAGCACAUCCGCGCCCUAAUCGCAGACGCACGUGGCGACGGUCCGGCUCCGGUGUCUGUUGCUGAUCGUAUGUCACAACAGCGGUGGGCUUCCGAAAACCCAGACGAGGUGGCCAGGAUCAUAAGCAACACACGGAGAAAUGGUCCAGCCGACGAGAUGAUCCCAGAUCGUGACUGGAGCAAGGUCGUAGGUUGGAGGAGCCGCCAAACAGCCUUAAGACAACUAUGCAACGAGCUCUCUAGACCCGCUCCUUAUUACCAGAUCCAAACACGAGACUUCACUGUUGUGGGCAUUGUUCACAGGUUCUUCAUUUUGGUCCCUCUGGGCCGCCGUACCGGUGCCUUGUCUGCAGUUGGCAGAUUCUCCACGGACCCUCACCUUGCUCGGGAGGAUGCCGCGGCAGAGAUGAUCCGUGUCUUACUUGAGAUAUCCGGAAAGCAUCUUGAUGAUUACAACUACGACCUACUAGACGAGGCCCUGUCAGUCAAUUACGAACUACAAUGGGAGAUCGGGGCGGUGAAGUCAAGCUACAAGGAGCUAAAGUCUUCCUAUAGGUACGUUCUCCGCUGUAACAACCCGGAGUUGGUUGACUCUGACUCGGACUCCUCUUAAUAGUAUCCUGACGAACGACUUCUGUCAAGAGUGCCUGCUAAUACAACUAGGCAACCACCUGUUUUACGCAUCCAUGUCUG